GAAUAAUCCAUCAUCACUCUUUCUUGUGCUAUUAUAUAUGAAGAAAUAGGAAAAAGCUAUCUCAGUGUUAAGUAGUAGCAACUAGUGUAUACAAUAUUACUGUUAGUUGUUCCUGUUCCUGUUCCUAUUCCUCCUUCAAAAUGGGAAGAUCACCAUGUUGUGACAAAGUGGGUUUGAAGAAAGGACCAUGGACACCAGAGGAAGAUCAGAAACUCUUAGCCUAUAUUGAAGAACAUGGUCAUGGAAGCUGGCGCGCUUUGCCAGCAAAAGCAGGGCUUGAAAGGUGUGGGAAGAGCUGCAGAUUGAGAUGGACAAAUUAUCUAAGGCCUGAUAUUAAGAGGGGAAAGUUCAGUUUGCAAGAAGAACAAGCCAUCAUUCAGCUUCAUGCACUCUUAGGAAACAGGUGGUCAGCUAUAGCCACACAUUUGCCAAAGAGGACAGACAAUGAGAUAAAAAAUUAUUGGAACACACAUCUCAAAAAAAGAUUAACAAAAAUGGGCAUCGAUCCUGUAACUCACAAGCCCAGAAACGAUGCCCUAGUCUCUGGUGACGGCGGCCAUUCAAAGAAGGUCGCCGCCAACCUCAGCCACAUGGCUCAGUGGGAGAGUGCUAGGCUUGAAGCCGAAGCAAGGUUGGUUAGGGAAUCAAAAUUACGUUCAUCACAACAACAUUCAUUGCAAAUUCCAAGUUCUACUACCACUUUUCCAUCAUCGUCUUCGUCUUCGUCCUCAGCUCAAGUUAUGAUCAAAUUAGCAGACGAAUCUCCGAUAACAACAACCAAAGAUUGGGCUAAUAAUGAAGAUUGGUUAUUGAGAUCUAAUCAUGAAAGUAAUGGUGGUGGUGGAAUGGGAAAUGCUGAACUUGAGUCACCAACAUCUACAUUAUCAUUCUCGGAGAACAAUGCAUCACCAGCAAUAAUUGGAGAAAAUAGCAACAAUAAUGUUAAUGUAGUGGUGCCUAUGAUUGAGUUUGUUGGAGCUACUUCAGGUUCAUAUUCUGAGAAUGAUGGAAUUAUUAGGAGUAUUAACGUGAAGGAAGAAGGUAGUGAAGAUCAUGAUCAUCAUCAUCAACAUGAGUGGAAAGACUAUGAUAAUAAUUCUUCAAUGGGUACUUUCAACCCUAGCUUGCAUGAAUUGACAAUGAUGACCAUGGAAUCCACGUGGGGAAGUUCUUCUCAUCAUCAUCAAAAUCAUGAUCAUGAUGAUGAAUCUCUUAGGACAAGUGGUAGUAAUGGUGCACAUGUUAAUGCUGGUGAUGAUGAUGAUGAUGAAGAAGAUGAAGAGUUAGGGUUCACAAAUCUUCUGCUGAAUACUAAUAAUAAUAACAACCCUAAUAAUGAUAAUAAUGAAUUGAGUUUGUCAUCUGAAGGUGGUGGUGGUAGUGGCGGCGGUGGUGGUGAUGGUGGUGGGGAGUCUCAUAACAAUGACAACGGUGAUUCCUAUGAAGAUAAGAACUAUUGGAACAGCAUUCUCCAUUUGGUGGAUUCUUCACCUUCUGAUUCACCAAUCUUUUGAUUAUAUAUAUAUAUAUAUAUAUAGCAGCAUCUCUACCUUCCUUUCAAGAACAUAUUUAAUUUAAUUUGGCAUAAGAAUUAUUUAAGUAAGAACAUAUGCAUGCAUGCACACAGAAAAUUCUUGUUACAUAU